ACAAAGAAUUAUUAUAAAAUCCUUUUUUUCAAUCAAAUUGUUGAGCUUUUAUUUAAAAACAGUAAAUAUUUCUAGCAUUCUUACUUAACUAAAUUUGAUUAAAACCUCAAAUUAUUUGGAGAGAAACGUGUCAUUCAAAAGCUUCUGGGGGAAAAAAUACAUUUCCUUAAAGGGAAAAGAACUCUUCCUCUCGUUUGGGGGCCAUGGGGGCUCUAAAGAUCCAGUCACAUCCUUGCCUCAGAAGUCAAAAAGGUCAUCUGGAUGCGGGCAGGAGCACCUGCUGACAGCGCCGCUGAACGCAGCACUUCUUAUGUUAAUGACCCUUCCCACCUGACCUGCAUUCAAAGCGCAACACGUCCAGCUCGCACAGAACCCUCUGGUGGCGCGCACACACGGGUCCAAACGCGUUCAGGAUGAUCCCCGGCGACGUGUGGGUCCUCCUCUGGCUUCUCCUUGGCGCAGAGAGCAGCAACCUUAGGGGGAAGACGGUGACUUUCCAUCGGGCUCCGUGGGAUGAAGCCCGCGGCCAUGUGCGCGCGCGUCCCAAGAGGGACGCCAGCGGCUCGAGCCCCUAUCACGGUCCUCCCCUCACCUCCUGUCUUCUCCCCCUCACUCCGGCUGAGCACAUUGUUUUAGAUCACAACACACAUGAGACAGGGUUUAAUGGAGAUGACGGCUCCUAUGUGAUUCUCACAUGGGUGGGUGAUGAUACAGGAGUGAUCCUGGUGCUGUCAACAAUCAGUUCUCCUCUUGAGUCUUUUCAUGAGGGAGGCUCUUCACGGCUUUACCGAAGCAUUGAUUAUGGGAAGUCCUUCAAUGACAUCUCGCAGCGCAUCAACCAUACCUUCAUCAAAGAGGAGUUUGGAGUCAGCGUUGGUCCUGGGAGCUCCGUAAUCCUGACUGCAGACACGCCUGUCCUAAACAAUCCAGGUGGGAUCAUCUUCACCUCCAGGGAUGCAGGUGCAAGCUUCAAGUUCAUCCAGCUGCCCUUUCACCUGGCUCAGCCAAUCACAUACCACUUCUUCAACCCAGACUACCUAGCAGCUCUGAGCAUUGAUGGCGGCCUUUGGCUCUCUCUGGACUUUGGCGCGAGGUGGACAAAGGUUCAUGAUGGAGUGAAUUCUUUCUUAUGGGGGGCGGGUGACAAUUUGUUCUUCAGCUGUAGCCGCAUAGAUGCAGUUGAGGCAGAGGAAAGGGGAGAUUUGGUGCUGAAGAGGACACAGGAUCUGGGCAAAACCUUCACCAUCAUCCACAAAGACGUCUUUAGCUUUGGCUACAUCGGAGUGUUUCUCUUCUUCUCUGUGAUGGAGGAUUCGAGGUCUCCACGUGUCAUGUAUUUUUCAUCAGACCAAGGAAAAACCUUCAGCCAAGCGUUACUCCCAUCAGCUUCAACUGAACAGUUUUAUUCUAUCUUGGACGGAGAUGAGGACAUGCUCUUCAUGCACGUGGACAACCCCGGAGACACCUACUUUGGCACCAUGUACACCUCAGACGACCGCGGAAUUUUGUUCUCCAAGUCGCUGGAGCGCCACCUGUUUGACGGACACAGGAAGAGCGAUUUCACCAACAUCACAUCCCUGAGAGGAGUUUACCUAACUAAUAAACUAGACGUGGAUGGGCGAAUCCGAUCCGUCAUCUCCUUUAACAGAGGAGGAGCUUGGAGGCAGCUCGACAAACCUGAGAAUGUGGACUGUGAAGCUCACGUCAAGAAGUGCAAUCUACACAUCCAUGGAGAACACAGCCGAAAAAAUGGAAUAGUGCCCAUGGUGGCUCUGUCUGACGCAACUGCCGUUGGUCUCGUCAUUGCACAUGGGUCUGUGGGGGAUUCUCUGUCAUCAUCGCAGCACCCAGAUGUGUUUGUGUCCUCGGACGGAGGGUACAGCUGGAAGGGGACACUGAAAGGCCCCCAUCUCUACAGCAUCCUGGACUCUGGGGGCCUCAUUGUGGCUGUUGAGGCGCAGCAUAGUGGACAAGUCAAGACCAUCAAAUUCUCCACCGAUGAAGGCCAGUGCUGGAAGUUGUAUAACUUCACAGAGCAGCCCUUCUUCUUUGCAGGCCUGGCUUCUGAGCCAGGCACUAAGGCCAUGAGUGUCAGUGUGUGGGGCUUCCGUCCUGAAGAUGAUGGCCAGCCUAUGUGGGUGGCCGUCACCAUUGAUUUUCAGAGCCUCAUUACCAGAGAGUGUAGCAAAAAAGACUAUGAAGUGUGGUUGGCUCAUUCCACAGAAGAAAAGGACCCGGGGACAAACGGUUGCGUAUUAGGCGCAAAGGAGACCUACAGGAGAUUAAAGAAAGAGUCUGUUUGCAGAAACGGGCGAAAUUAUGUGGUAAAAAAGAAGCAAAGCCCCUGCUUGUGCACUAGAGAGGACUAUAUAUGUGACUAUGGCUUCUAUCGCCACGUGAACACUUCGGAGUGUGUGAAGCAACCGGAUGCUACAAACAAAACGAUGGAAAUGUGUCUGAAUGGGCAAGAAGAUGAGCUGCUGACAACAGGGUACAGAAAGGUCGCGAGUGACAGGUGUGAAGGAGGUUUUGCUCCUCGCCUCUCGGCGCAGACGGUCCGUCCCUGUGCGACACCAAGCACCAGCUCUCCUCUCACGUCAACGUCUUACGUCUCACACUUUGACACACCGGAGGAAAGGCUGGUGUUGAUCCUGGUGUGUGCAGGAGCAGCCGUCAUCGUCCUAACAGCUGUUAUCUCAGCAGCUCUUGUAGUCAGGAGGAUGGUCUACAGAACCAGGGAACCCGAGUAUCGUUUCUCCAACCUGCGCAGUCAGGAUGACAGCAGCUGCAUCACAGCAGACCUGCUGAGUACUACCAGCAGCAACGGUACAGUGUACCAGCAGGAAUCGGAUAACUUGAUCUUACAGGAUUUCACAGGAUCAGUGACGCACAGCUCCAUUUCCCUGACAUGAUGAACGCUCAUCGUUAAAACCCUCUGCACUAAAAACUAACCGCAAGCCACGCUUUCUUGGAAACGUCCCACCACUUUCAUGGAAGCCCCUUUGUGUCAAGUUUUUAUUUUUUAAUUAAUUAAAUAUUAAUGUUAUUCAUUUUUAUUUAUUAAGCACAGUUCUCAAGUUUCUUUUGUCUCUCUUUGAUUGCUGUAUUGGUUUGUUAUUGUUUUGUAAGUUUGUGAAAAUGAAAAGAAAUCUGAAAAAU